AUGGCAGAACUCCAAGAGGCCUCUUUGUAUUGGGACUCUGUCCAGAAGAGUGUGAUCCUAAAGGAUGGGGUGAUGGAGAGGGAGGGGGACGCUUACGGAUACUACAAUGACACGCUGUUUCUGACCGGCUGGGGGGUACUGGAAAUCCGCGCUGGGUACGGGGAGACCUCGGAGAACGACGAGAUUACCUGCUUCCUUGCAGGGUACCUGGAGGGAUUCCUAACAGCGGAGCAGAUGUUCAGUCACUACUCCAAUAUGUAUCCCCAGCUCAUCAAGGACCACAAUGUUUUGGACCCCUUAAAAAACUUUCUAAGUGAUCAGGACUUGUGGACCAGGGAGCAGGUGAGGAAAAGAAAAAACAGUGACCCCUUGUGGCAGCAUGCAGGAUUGAUCCUGGCUCAACUGGAUGGACUACAGGCGGGUGCUGCACACUGGGCAAAGAGUAGACAGAAAGAGCCCCUGUCAAAGUUUGCUGUCCAGUUUUUGAAUGGGGUUGGAGACCUGUUGGACCUCAUCCCAGCCCUGGCACCACGCACCAACAGUUCUGCUGGCCAGGGCCCCUUCAGGAUGCCAGGCAUGGGCCACUGCUCUGCUCUCAUAAAGGUGCUGCCAGGUUUUGAGAACCUUCUGUUUGCCCACUCCAGCUGGUACACUUAUGCUGCCACCCUGCGCAUAUACAAACACUGGGACUUCAGGCUGGCAGAUAAACACACAGCUACAGGAAGGAUGUCUUUCAGCAGCUACCCAGGUUGUCUGAUGUCAUUGGAUGACUUCUACCUCCUGGGCAGUGGUCUGCUGAUGACACAAACCACCAACAGUGUGUUCAACACCUCUCUGUUCCGCCGGGUUACCUCACAUAGCCUAUUGGCGUGGCAGAGGGUGAGGCUAGCUCACGCCUUGGCAAACACAGGGAAGCAAUGGGCACGGAUCUUCUCCAGGUACAACUCAGGAACCUAUAACAGCCAGUACAUGGUGUUGGACCUGAAGCAGGUCUCAUUAGGUCGGAGUAUCAGUGAAGGUGCUCUGAUGGUGGUGGAACAAAUCCCUGGACUGGUGCUGCACUCUGACCAAUCCCAGGCCCUGAGGCUAGGUUAUUGGCCGUCCUAUAACGUGCCAUUCCAUACGGACAUCUACACCCUGAGUGGCUACGGAGUGAUGAAGCAAAGACAUGGAGAGGAGUUUUCUUAUGACCUCAAUUCACGAGCUAAGAUCUUUAGAAGAGACCAGGGCAGAGUCACCAGCCUCACCUCCCUCAAACGCAUCAUGAGAUACAACAACUACAAGAGGGACCCAUACUCCAAGCGACAUCCCUGUAAAACCAUAUGUUGCCGUAACGACCUGAGGCUGAAAAUACCAUGUCCUGGAGGUUGCUAUGACACCAAGGUGACAGACUACCAGAUGGCUCGUCAGUUGGCAGCGGAGGCGGUGAAUGGUCCAACCACUCAGGGGGGUCUACCCCCCUUCUCCUGGUCGCGCUUCAACCUCACUGUGCACCAGGGCCUGCCAGACACGUAUAACUACAGCUUUGUUAGCCUACAACCCUCCCUACACCCCUAGUCUAUACCACACUCCUAACCUUCCAAGGAUAGACAUCUACCUCUGAAUCCCCACCACACACUACUGUUCCCUACGACACAGCCCUACUACAUCCUAGACUUCAUGACCACUGGGUCCCCCUUACACCAAGCCAGGAUCCAUACACUGAACAAAGGGUACAUUCUAUAACCAUCUACAAAACAGAAGAACCAAUUGAAUGGGUUCUACAUGUAAUGUUUUUUUCUCCUACCUUGUUUUAAGACUAUAGAGACCACCUACAACUAUGUUGGUUCAUUGU